CGGCAGAGCAAACGACCAAGCGUGGAACAAACAGCUAGCCGCCGUGAUAUGCUAACAAAAGUAUUACAAUUUUGCAAACAAUACUUUUGUGCUGUUGGAAUCAAUACCACAAAGCAAGCGUAAUCCUGGAGUAAACUUGAUGGCUCUGAGAGCAAUGAUCCACGCCAAGUGUUCAGUCCACAGACAGAGACUGGCCCGGCAGGCCCUGCACCAGGCACUGGGCCACAGAUAACACUUCUGAAGAUAAACCAUGAUCCCGAUCACUGAGCUUCGGUACUUUGUAGACACACAGCCUGCGUACCGCAUCCUGAAGCCAUGGUGGGACGUGUUCACCGACUACAUCUCCAUUGUCAUGCUCAUGAUCUCUGUGUUCGGGGGGACACUGCAGGUUACCCAGGACAAAAUGAUUUGCCUGCCUUGUAAAUGGGUGGUCAAUCAAACUUGCAAGAGGUCUUUCAAUUCCUCAUUUUCCACACCAGUACUUCUGGAACCCAGGGGAAUCCAAUAUGAUCUGGAUCGUCACCAGUACAACUAUGUGGAUGCUGUGUGUUAUGAGAACAGACUGCACUGGUUUGCUAAAUACUUUCCUUACUUAGUAUUACUCCACACGCUCAUUUUCCUCGCUUGCAGCAAUUUUUGGUUUAAAUUUCCAAGGACUAGCUCCAAACUAGAGCACUUUGUAUCCAUACUGCUCAAAUGCUUUGAUUCUCCCUGGACAACUAGGGCACUUUCUGAAACUGUGGUAGAAGAGAGUGACCCCAAACCCAUGAAAAUGAAUGGUUCAAUGGAUCACAAGGCAUCUGUUAUUAGUGAGGAUGUAGAAGCAAGUGUUCCUAUGCUCCAAAGGACUAAAACGCGCAUUGAGCAGGGCAUUGUAGAUCGAACUGAAACAGGAGUUCUAGACAAAAAAGAGGGGGAGCAGGCAAAAGCUUUGUUUGAAAAAGUGAAGAAGUUUCGUAUCCAUGUGGAAGAAGGAGAUAUUGUGUACAGGCUGUACAUUCGUCAGACUAUUAUUAAGGUCAUCAAGUUUAUUUUGAUCAUCUGCUACACAGGGUAUUAUGUGCAUGAUAUAAAAUUUAGUGUUGACUGUUUGGUGGACAUUGAAAGCUUGACUGGUUACAGGAUGUAUCGUUGUGCACAUCCCCUGGCGACACUUUUUAAGAUCUUAGCCUGCUUUUACAUUAGCUUAGUGGUUGUGUAUGGCCUAAUUUGCAUGUAUACUCUUUGCUGGAUGCUGCGGCGCUCUCUAAAAAAAUAUUCCUUUGAGUCCAUACGUGAAGAAAGCAGCUAUAGUGACAUACCUGAUGUGAAGAAUGACUUUGCUUUUAUGUUGCACAUGAUUGACCAGUAUGAUCCUCUGUAUUCGAAGCGCUUUGCUGUGUUCCUGUCUGAGGUGAGCGACAAACUGAGGCAGCUCAACCUCAACAACGAGUGGACGCUGGAUAAGCUAAGGCAGAGGAUCACCAAAAAUUCUCAGGACAAACUGGAGUUGCACCUUUUUAUGCUCAGUGGUAUUCCCGACACAGUGUUUGACUUAAUGGAAUUAGAGGUCCUUAAACUGGAGCUUAUUCCAGAUGUAACUAUUCCUCCAAUCAUCGCACAACUCAUCAACCUACGUGAGAUGUGGCUUUACCACACUCCAGCCAAGAUUGAGGCCCCUGCACUAGCUUUUCUGCGAGAGAAUUUAAAGUCUUUGCACAUAAAGUUCACUGACAUCAAAGAAAUCCCACUGUGGAUUUACAGUUUGAAGAACCUGAGUGAGCUGCACUUGACGGGGAAUCUCAGCUCGGAGAACAAUCGCUACAUUGUUAUUGAUGGGCUUCGCGAGCUCAAAAGGCUCAAAGUCCUAAGACUAAAGAGCAAUCUGACAAAGCUACCUCAAGUGGUGACGGAUGUAGGCUUGCACCUCCAGAAGCUGUCCAUCAACAACGAGGGAACCAAGCUCAUGGUGCUGAAUAGCCUUAAAAAGAUGGUCAACCUCUCAGAGCUGGAGCUCAUUCGCUGUGAUUUAGAACGCAUCCCACAUUCAAUUUUUAGUUUGCACAAUUUGCAGGAAUUAGAUCUGAAAGACAACAACCUAAAGACUAUAGAGGAGAUAAUCAGUUUUCAGCAUCUUCACCGCCUGGUCUGCCUUAAGCUCUGGUACAACCAGAUAGCCUACAUCCCUAUCCAGAUCGGAACACUUACCAACCUGGAGAAACUUUACCUGAACAGGAACAAAAUUGAGAAAAUUCCAAGCCAACUAUUCUACUGCCGCAAGCUGCGCUUCCUGGACCUGAGCCAUAACAACUUAACAAAUAUUCCAGCAGACAUUGGCUUCCUCCAAAACCUCCAGUACCUGGCAGUGACCGCAAACAGAAUUGAGAAUCUGCCCAAUGAGCUGUUUCAGUGUAAAAAGCUACGCACUUUGAACUUGGGAAACAAUUGCCUGCACUCUCUGCCCUCACGGUUUGGAGAGCUGAGCGCACUCACACAGCUCGAGCUCCGAGCCAACCGUCUGGAGUGUCUGCCUGUGGAGCUGGGUGAAUGCCGGCAGCUGAAGAGGAGCGGGCUGGUGGUGGAGGAGGACCUCUUCAACACUCUGCCUACUGAGGUCAAAGAGCAGCUGUGGAAGGCUGACAAAGAGCCAGCCUGAGCACGUACAGGGGGGAGAAUAGAGACCACUAACACACAGGUAGCCUAUAAUGGGUGUGAGUCAGAGAAGGCAGGGCAUCUGACAUAAUUCAAUCUGGAGCUGUAGAUGCUAGGUCAGUGAAAACAGACCUGAUCUGUGGAGUUAUUCCUUUAUGCCAAACACACCUGUUAGAUACUCUUGAUUUUUUAGGAAUCAGUAACUUACAGUCAGCUUUUUGUUUUUUUGGAUCUCGUCAUUGAUUUUGGGAUGUAAGCUACAUGUUGUGCUCUGUUAUGUCUUCAGAAAAAAUAUGUCUGUAACUCUGAAGUAUAAUUUACAUGUGCUUACUGUACUGCAUUCACUUUUUGUUUUCAGGAGUACAGUAAGCAAUGGCUCAAUUACUGGCAGUGAACUUUAUUUUACAACCUGAGACUUGGUAAUUAGUGGUGUUGCCCUUGAUGAAACAUGUUUUUGUUGUUGGUUUAUUUCAAAUGAUUGCAAAACUUAGAUUUGCACUUUUCCAUUUGUGAUUUGUGUAAUGUUACAUACUUUAAAGUAAUGUGACUUUUGGGCAUUUUUAACUAAAGCUCCUCUUUGAAGAAGGAUAAGUAUUUAAUUAUGCAUUUUUAAAAUUUGUUAUUAAGAAAGUGACGUGGCCAGUGCUUUUCCUGUUUUGGAUUGUUCAAGGGAACUAAAUAAUCUUAGUCCAUCAGCAAUAUCCUACCAAAGACAAUCAUAUUUUCUUUGUCAGUUGUGUAGAAAAUUGUAACUGUAUUUACAAAAACAUUAGUCUGCUCCUUGACAGUGUUUUAAAACACUUGUUUUAUUGAAUUUUUAUUAGCAUGCAUGUGUUUAUAUUUACCAUAUAAUUCUCAGGAAGGACUAACUUUUUGCAAUUAAUUGUUUUGGUUUUUCUCUUCAUUUACACUAAUACAAUAUUUAUAUUUUUUUUUUAAUUUGUUUUUACACAAAGACUGCUUUUGAAAAGUUUUGUUAUUGAACCACUUGAAAUACCCUUAAUUUGUGUUUUGUAUAGGCUUACUAGUUGUAUUAAUUGAAAUGUACUGUUGUGUGUAAUAUUAGCUGUGUCAUAAUAGGCCCAUGUGUGGCCACUUUUCUAUGUAAAUAGAUUUUCCUUUACACAUAUGUGUCAUUCCUAGCAAUCUUUUUUGGUACUGAUUUUAGCUGCGCAUUUUAAAAUGUUAUGUAUGCCAGUGUUCCAUUUGGCUAUGUACAUGUUCUGUCUACUCCAUCUAAUGUUUGCCAAACAUCACUGAGUAGGUCAGUGCUCCAUCAAUAAACAGUAUUCAGCGUA